AUGAAUGAAACCGCUAAUCCGAUCUUGUAUGGCAUGAGGAUCGAACGGAGACUAGAUGAUGAUUAUUUCAAUUUUGUGACUCGAUUGGCUCAAAAUCAAGCGAAACAACGAGUGACUGUUUUCGGUGAGCAUCUAUUAAACGUCAGUCGGUUUUGGUUUUCCGUCGAUUUCACCUGUGCACCGGAAAAGAUGAUUCAUUCAGCGUAUUUAAAUGUAGAAAUUGAACGACGAAUAGAUGAUCGCAUGCUGCAGUGUACUGUGAAUACCUUAGGUUCAGGUAUAACCCGCCCAAUGCAAUUAUGCGUUGAGCCACCGCAGCUAAUGCCUGAACCUAUCGUUGAAAAUACAGAAUUUACACAGAUUAUUUUGGAAGAACCGGUAACUCAUUUGUUUCCUGUUUACAUCCAAAUAAUGUUAAUUGGUAUGUGUGCCACGUUAAGUGCCAUAUUCUCGGGCCUUACUACUGGUUUGAUGGCACUAAGUACCGAUGAUCUUAAGUUAAUAGCGGAAGGUAGUGAAGAUAAAAAAGAACGUGAAUAUGCUUCUAAUAUUUUGCCAUUACGUGCUCACGGCAAUUUCUUACUUUGUUCAAUUGUACUGGGUAAUACUACUUGCAACAUAUUGGUCACAUUGCUUAUUAGCGAUAUAUCUGAAUCAAUUGCACUAUCGUUGGUAAUACCCAUAGCUAUAAUCACUCUUCUUGGAGAUAUUGUUCCGCAAGCUGUAUGUGCACGCCAUGCUUUGUUUAUUGGUAGCCGAACACGCUACCUGACAAUAUUUUUCAUGGUACUUUCUGCACCUAUUUCAUACCCCUUUUCACUUGCUCUCGAUUGGUUGCUUGGUAGAGAGGGUCGAGACGUGUAUGAUCGAAAAACCCUUCGUGUAUUGAUUACUAUGCAAAGAGAUUUAACCAAAGAAAAAUUAAGCAAUCAGAUGGAUGGUGAAACAACGGAUUUGGUGCUAGCAGCUUUCGACUUACCAGAAAAGAUAGUCAAAUCAAUAAUGACUCCUAUCGAUAAGAUCUUCAUGCUAUCUGAUCAAAGUGUUAUCGAUAAAACGCUUUUGAAAGCUAUCUCCGCCAAAGGUCGCACUAGAAUUCCAAUCUACAGUGGCAAUGAUCGCAAUACGAUUAUGGCCAUAUUAAAUAUGAAAGAUUUGCUGCCAUUUUGCAAAACAAGUUUCUUAAAAGUUGGUACAGUCGUGCAACUGUGGAAGCGUAGCAAUCAAUUCCGCUUCAUUAUUGAUAGCAUGCCAGUUUUGCAAUUACUCAUCGAAAUGAGGACUGGGAUACAUAUCGCCAUGGUGGUUACUUACGAUGAGCAAAAACGAGACUAUAUUGUUCAGGGACUUGUCACUCUUGAAGAUCUCGUCGAAGAGGUUACUAUUUGCAGAUUUGACAAUGUUCGGUAA